UAUUUUAACCUGUCUUCAAGCAGAUAAAGUGAGGAAUCAAACAAAAACCGUUUUCCCAUCCUCUGGUGUUCUCUUUUUCUUCAGUUUCAUACAAUUACUUUCCCCUUCUUUCUCGUCCCACACCCUAUAUAAACACACACACAUAUCAACACCUUUAAUAGAUACACCAUCUCACAAACAUGGCUCUUCAAGGUUCAAUCAGUUUCACUGCUUUGACCCUUUUCUUGGUCCUCACAACCCUCCCACAUGAACCACAUGCUUCAAGCCGUGGCUCCUUUGGCAGAAACAUCCACCCUCCGGUGUCUGGUCUAUGUUCCUCUUCUGUCAUUGUGCAUGGAUACGAAUGCCAAGAACACCAGGUUACCACAAAUGAUGGAUUUAUUCUGAGUUUGCAAAGGAUCCCAGAAGGUCGUGGUAAAAGCAGCGGUGGCAGAACUAGGAAACAACCAGUAAUCAUACAACACGGAGUUCUAGUGGAUGGUAUGACAUGGCUUCUGAAUUGUCCAGAGCAAGAUCUACCUCUAAUUUUAGCUGAUAACGGGUUUGACGUGUGGAUUGCGAACAGCAGAGGAACCAGAUUUAGCCGCCGACACAUCUCAUUGGACCCCUCUAGUCCGGCCUUUUGGAAUUGGUCUUGGGAUGAACUUGUCUCCUAUGAUCUACCAGCAAUCUUUAGCUAUGUAUUCAGCCAAACGGGGCAGAAGAUCAAUUACGUUGGCCAUUCCUUGGGAACUUUGAUAGCUUUAGCAUCCUUUUCCGAAGGGACAUUGGUUAACCAGCUGAAAUCAGCAGCCUUGUUGAGCCCUAUAGCAUAUUUAAGCCACAUGAACACAGCACUUGGUGUUAUUGCUGCUAAGUCCUUUGUUGGUGAGGUCACUACCCUCUUCGGUCUGGCAGAAUUUAAUCCAAAAGGGUUACCUGUUGAUGCCUUCCUCAAGUCUCUCUGCGCUUACCCUGGGAUAGACUGCUAUGACUUGAUGACUGCACUAACAGGUAAAAAUUGCUGCCUCAAUUCUUCAACUGUUGAUCUAUUCUUGAUGAAUGAACCUCAGUCAACAUCAACAAAGAACAUGGUGCACCUGGCUCAGACUGUAAGACGUGGGGUGUUGACAAAAUUUAAUUAUGUGAGACCAGACUAUAAUAUUAUGCAUUAUGGAGAAAUAUUCCCUCCUAUCUACAACCUUUCCAAUAUCCCUCAUGACCUCCCUCUCUUCAUUAGCUAUGGUGGAAGAGAUGCACUUUCAGAUGCUCGUGAUGUUGAGAAUUUACUUGAUAAACUCAAGUUCCAUGAUGAGGACAAGCUCAGUGUUCAGUUCAUCGAGGACUAUGCUCAUGCCGACUAUGUAAUGGGGUUCAAUGCCAAGGACUUAGUAUACAAUACUGUUGUUUCAUUUUUCAAUCAUCAAGGUUAACACUAAGAAUCAAGUUUCAUGAAACUUGUUCAUUCAUGUACUAGUGAUUACUGAGAUCAAUCUAAGUUAUCCUGUGAAGAUUAAGUAAUGGCCAAUUACAAAAGUAAUGAAGUAUCCCUAGUGAUUUGCUUUGGUGUUGCAAUGGCUGUGUAUCUCUUAUGUUGUAUUGUGUUGUAAUGCAGAAGAAAUUGGCUAUUGGCCUGAACUAUCUAAAAGAUGGAAGGUUCUGAAUAUAUACAUAUUCAUUGAAA